AUGUCAUCGAUGCGUCGGUCACUACCUAACGUGUGCUUUAAUUUGCCGAUUCUUUCAGCUGAACAAGAUAAAUUUUUUGAUAAACUGUUUGCGGCAGAGGACAUACAAGAUGUUCGCGCAAGUACUUCUGAACAACGAACUGCUAAGAAAUUGGUUGAUAGGAUCAAUGAUUCGAUAAAUUGCCCCAACAAAGACGAUAUCUCAGAAUAUGAACACACUAUGCGCAAUGUAAUUCCAUUCAUUGACGCAUCAAUCAGAGAUGAGCCAGACUACGUUAUACGCUAUUUUGAAAGUACGCUUCGUGCCACAGCAAUACGUCGUAAUUCGGGUGGAGAUCCUACGGAGCGUGCACGAAUGGGAUAUAGAGUGGAUGUGCUUGUCAAUUUUCAUGGCCUUUAUUGGAGUCCUGACCUUGGGUGUGGUGAGGUAUCAGGUGGACUUCCGAGGUGCUCUUCCGCUAAAGAGUGGAUGGAUACCCUUAAGCUUGGGUGGGAAUUGCGUGAUGUGUGGGCUCUGUCCCAAGAUCGGUUGAAUGGAGUGGAUGCCAGUAAUUUAGUCAUAUGGGGCUUUACUGUUGUUGCCCGCACAAUUCGUAUUUACGCACUCACGGCUGCUGGUGGUUUGUUCCAUCUCAUACUUGCUUACGAGGCACCUAUACCAUCAUCGAGAUGGGACAUAUAUAACACCAAAAUUGCUUAUUGUACCAUAUUGGGAUUUUUGCAAAAGUUGGAUGCUACCAAAAAGAUGCUUGUCGAUCUGAACAAUGAAAGAUUGAAAUUGUUAUGCUCCGGAGUAAAACGGAAGAAGUUGCCUGCUUUUUUUUCCUCCCCACCAAUCACAGG